CCCACCGGCUCCGCCUCCUCUUCCUCCUCCUCUUCCUCCUAGCUGCUAACCAGCUAGUUGUAGCUGAAGCUGGGAAACAUCCCGAUCUCCGGCUGGUUAACGGGGAACCCUGCGCACUGCACCCCAGCUGGACGAGACUUCCUCCUGGGAGAACCUCAGUCUCCUCCAUGGCUUUGUAGGAGCCGCCAUGAUGGACAGUUAGCAGCGGGGUUAGCUGCAGUUAGCUCCGGGAGAACCGGAGCCUCUAGCGCCGCUUUUUAGCCCCCAAAGGUCGGAUUAACUGCUAUGUCAUCAACCGCUCUCUGCCGCCAGAACCCGGUCGGAAAAUGUUGAGUGCGCUGCGCCGGUUCUGAGCCUGAGCGGGACCAGCAGCAGCAGCAGCCCGGUACCGAUACCGCUCUCACUGCCUGGACUGAUAGCGGGUCAGGUAGGGAUGGCGUUCCACGGCGCCGGCCACCAGACCGUCUGCGGCGACCUGUUCCCGGGUUCGGACCUGGGUCACAAGUUCUUCUGCGUGGGCUCGUCCUGCGGCGGGCCGUCGGCCGGCCUCGGCGCUGCGCCGGGCCUGACUGGGCCCAGCGCCCCGGCCGGAACCCCGCGCCACCCGACGGCGCUGGGUGGAGGCGCCGGCGGCGGGGCGGCGGUACCGCAGCCCUACAGCAACCCAGCCAGUGAGGUACCGAGCCCGGCCGAGAUGGAACCGGACCGGCCCAUCGGAUACGGAGCCUUCGGGGUCGUCUGGUCGGUGACGGACCCCCGUGACGGCCGGAAGGUGGCGCUGAAGAAGAUGCCGAACGUCUUCCAGAACCUGGUGUCCUGUAAGCGGGUCUUCAGGGAGCUGCGGAUGCUCUGCUUCUUCAAACACGACAACGUUCUGUCGGCUCUGGACAUCCUGCAGCCUCCGCAGAUCGACUGCUUCGAGGAGAUCUACGUCAUCACAGAGCUGAUGCAGAGCGACCUUCACAAGGUCAUCGUGUCGCCGCAGCCGCUGACCACCGACCACAUCAAGGUCUUCCUCUACCAGAUCCUCCGAGGUCUGAAGUAUCUCCACUCUGCUGGGAUCCUCCACCGAGACAUCAAGCCUGGGAACCUGCUGGUCAACAGCAACUGCCUGCUGAAGAUCUGUGACUUUGGCCUGGCCCGUGUGGAAGAGCCCGACCCGUCGCGUCACAUGACCCAGGAGGUGGUGACCCAGUACUACCGGGCCCCGGAGGUUCUGAUGGGCUGCCGGCACUACGGAUCAGCCAUCGACGUCUGGUCCGUCGGCUGCAUCUUCGCCGAGCUGCUGGGCCGCCGCAUCCUGUUCCAGGCGCAGAGCCCCAUCCAGCAGUUGGACCUGAUCACGGACCUGCUGGGAACGCCGCCGCUGUCCGCCCUGGCGUCGGCCUGCGAAGGGGCCCGGGCCCACAUCCUGAGGGGACCCCACAAGCCGCCGUCGCUGUCGGUGCUCUACAUGCUGUCGGACGGCGCUACCCACGAGGCCGUUCACCUGCUGUGCCGCAUGUUGGUGUUUGACCCGGCCAAGCGGAUCUCCGGCGGCGACGCGCUGUCCCACCCGUACCUGGACGAGGGCCGGCUGCGCUACCACACCUGCAUGUGCCGCUGCUGCUACUCGGUGGCCGGCGGCCGCGUCUACACCCGCGACUUCGAGCCGGCGGCCGAGCGCCCCUUCAGCCACAGCUAUGAGAACAGCCUGCUGUCCGUGUGGCAGGGCAAAGAACUGAUCCAUCGCUUCAUCACGGAGCACCAGCAGGGCAAGCGGGUCCCGCUCUGCAUCAACCCCCAGAGCGCCGCCUUCAAGACCUUCAUCAGGUCCACGGCGUGGCAUUCCUCCAAGGUCUCCAGGAAGGAGGAGAGAUGAAGGCUCCGGAUCUCCAUCAUCAUCAUCAUCAGCCGGCGGGCGAGUUAGCUCUCUCUCUCUUUCUUUCUCUGUCUGUUUCUCUCUCUCUCCCCGACCCAAACGGACCGACCUCAUGUUGAUGUGUUCUGGUUCUGCCGGAUCCAUCUGGACACGCCCCUGGAGCCAAGCUGCUGCAGGAGCACUGGGACGGGUCAGAACCGGGUCAGAACCCGCCCGCCUCCUCUAACGCUCCUCAUCUCUCACUGUGUUGUCAUUCUGCGGCGUUGCCAUGGCAACAGUAGAGCAACCUCACCAGAUGUAGCAGGUCUAACUACGCCGGUUCUGGUUCGGUUGUGACCCGGAUCAUCAAGAAAAAGACCGACUGGAUUCCCUCAGAGACCAGAACCUUUCAUCUAACCCAAGUUAACCUCGGACCGGUACCGACUGGACCCCACUGGUACCGACUGGACCCAGUUACCUCAGAGUUCUGCAGAUCUUUGGACCGGGGCCAGAACUCUUGAUAGUUUUGUAACGUCCCUCCAGUUUUACCUCCUCCUCCAUUUCUGACCCGGUUCUGGGAGCAGGAUUCAUCAGAGAAAAUGCUGGUGGCUUGGUUCUGGUUCUGAUCCGAACCGCAGCACCCCGGUGCCCAUCUGGACCGGGUCUCAAAACCCGACCCGCUGUCGGUUCCUCCAGUGACCCAACAGAACCUCCCGUCCACAACUUGACCGUUCGGACCUUCUGGUUCUGGUUCGGUUCCGAUUCUAUUUCAAAAUAAAAUCACGACCCAAAAGAACCAAAAUGGAAGAAAUCAUGAGGAAACUUCAGGUUCUCCAAACGGUACCAGAGAUCCGGGCCGGACCUGAUUUAAUUUGGACUGGCUCUGGUUCUGACAGGUGAUCAGAACCGGGCCGCUGAAAUAACAGAACUUGAACCGGAAAACUGGGUUGCUGUUUGGACCGGGACCGGUUCUGGUUUCCAGUAGAAUGACUUUGCAGACGGUCCAGGUCAGAACCGCCAAACCGGGUCGCGUUCAGAGUGUCGGAACCUGCUGCUGACCCAGUUCCGUCUGACCCGAGGGCCCGGCUGCAGCGGCGCCAGAACCUCCUGUAAAUGUGCAUGUGUGUUUAUUCCCUGUGAGGUCCAACAGAACCGGCCCAACGGUACCGGUACCGCUUCAUUCAGCCUUUCCCAGCAGGAGUUUUCCUUUGGUUCUGGUUCCGGUUCUUCUCUGCAGUCUCCAGAUUCUGGAGGAAAAAUCUGUGACCUGGGAUUACGGACCGGACCGGUUCUGGUGGACCCAGUUGGGCCCAUUUGGACCCACAACAGAGCCGGAGGUUCUGGUUGUAAUCCGGUUCCUCUGGUCAGAACCCUUAGAACCCGUUUUCCGUUCUAGAACUUUUAGAACUCGAUGUUUAUUAUUCUGAAUAUGGAUCCGAUGUUUCUGUCUGUUUUAGCUCAAAGUUCUGUUUGGUUCUGGUUCUGUUUUGGUUCUGGUUCUGUUCUGACAGAUACUUGAAUUUAGAGUCAAACUAGUGAUGGUGAAUAAAAAAAUGGACACUGGACCGAA